AUGCUGGUCGUAGCAAAACUGCAACCCUCAUUCUUGAAGUCGUUGCUGUUCAGGAUUUAUGGAUUUGGCAUGCGUUCUUUGGAAUGUCUGGCUCAUAUAAUGAUCUUAAUGUCCUUUACCUUUGAUGAUGUUUUACAAGGUUGUACACCACCAAUAAAUUUUUGGGUAAACGGACAUCAAUAUGAGUUGGCCUACUACUUGGCAGAUGGGAUUUACCCGAGAUGGCCAACUUUUGUACAAGGUAUAACACAUCCUCAAGUUCAAAAAGACAAGUUGUUUGCUCAUCAACAAGCAGCAGUUCGGAAAGACGUUGAACGGGCUUUCGGAGUUUUACAAGCCAGGUUUGCUAUACUACGACAACCAUCACUUGCAUACGACGAAGAUAUUCUUUGUGACAUUAUGAAAGCCUGUAUAAUAAUGCACAACAUGAUCGUUGAGGAUGAACGACACAACUACACACGUGCAGAUGUUUUGAGACGAUACUACGAAGAAGAUCGACCACAACGUACAACAGCGCGACCAGGACCGAGCACAAGUACCACAGUGAAUAACAACGAGCCAUUUGAAUUCGACGUCGGGCGACCACCCAACAUUAACGCGUACUUUCAAAGGAGGAUUGCCCUUCGUGAUAGAGAAAUUCAUUCGUCUCUCAAACAAGAUUUAGUAGAACACAUAUGGCAGAACUUUCGUCAUAACACGGCCGAAUAA